AGGUAUCCUACAAGAAAAAGAAACAAUACCAUGGCGACAGCUCCCUCUCAAGAACAAACACUAGACGAGACCGUGGCGACUCCUGACGAGAGCCCCUAUAAAAGGCAGAGGAAGGCUUCUGAGGCCAACCUGAAAGCAUUGCUUAUCAGAGACUUCGCUAGGGACAAGGGAACGGCUGAUUCAGCCUUGGAGAAGUUUCACUUCGAAAGACAUAACGCUUACUCGAUGGCUUGUGAUAUGCUGAAAGCGGGCAAUCUGAUCAACCGUGGUGAAAGCCCUUCAGGACUGAAAGCGAUGGAAAUUCCCCAAGACUUCUACGAUAAGUUUGGGUGGGAACUUUUUCAUCUACAGGUGCGGCCUUCUAGAUUGUAUUUUGAACGGUCGUGCUAUCCCAAGUUAUUCGACGCUUUUAUGGAAAUGUGGAGGAAGAACAAUGCUGAAAAAAUCAUAUUAACUGGCAAUGCUGGUAUUGGAAAGUCUUGGUUUCAAGUGUAUUUUUUGAAGCGAUUGUUGCAGAUGACACCCGAGGCACGUUCGGAUAUCGGUUUUAUGCCCAGAUUCAUCCUGAGACAAUACAAGACAAAAUUUAUAUUGAUCGAUCUUGCCACCUCCGGGGCUUGGAAAAUGGUUCAUGCGACGCCAAAUGUUGACAUGUAUGGGGAGGUAGAAGAUUUUUUGGCAGCUUUCAACAACAUGUUCUAUAUGUUUGAACCAGAGCAGGAUCAAUCAAUUAUCCCGCUGAACCAAGCCGCCACGCCUGCUUUUUCAAGUAUCUCUCCAAAUCCAAAACGGCUUAAAGGAUACAAGAAGCAAGCUUCACCUUUGACCUUUGUGUAUACACCAAACUGGUCAUAUGGGGAUCUAAAUUUAGUUUUAAAGCUCGAGGACUCAGGUCAAGAUUUUGAUUUUGAAAGCCAGUACCAUAAGUUUGGAGGUAUUAUCCGCCGCACGCUUGAAUACUCAAAAAGAACUCAGAAGGAAUAUACUGAUGAGCUUGAGGAAAGAAUCCAGAGUGUUGAUAUUAAAGUCAUCCGUUCCAUGCACCUCGGACUUGACGACAGCUCAAACGCUCAAUUGGAGAACAAUAUCAGCGGUUACAUUUGUGCAUACCAUGAUAUUCCAGAAUGUGGCCACGACGCCUUCUCCAAACACGACCUCAUUAUGACCAGCGACUUUGCUCGUAUCAUGGUUCGGGAGAAGCUUAGCCUAACCAACCCCAAAGAGCAUGGCCGUCAACUGUUGGAAUGCCUCGCCCAGAAAGCCCAAGACACUACUGGGAUGGACCUUGAGGUUAGUGCUGUCCAUCUAUUAUCACUUGGACCGAAAACAGUAAGAUGGGAUUAUAACGCAGUUGGCUAUUCAAGUCCAGCGAUACCCGUUCCCAUCAAGCUUGGUCACAGAAAGAUGGAAAUUAACAGGAGUGACGACGCCUUUGACCAGGGGAAAGUCAACUAUCCAACUAAUCCUGUGUUCGGUCUUGUCGAUUUUUUGAUCUUCUUGGAUGGGACAUGGUGGGGUUUUCAGACUACAUGGCAGCGCAACCACCCUUUCAAACUGCGGACUCUGCAGACUUUUCGAAACAAAAUCGGUGCCGAUGAAACAACAGUGGUCAACAUUCUUUACGUUCUUCCCACUACAGAGAAAAUGAAUGCCUAUACGAAGCGAGCAAAAGUGGAGUUCCUUGAUAAGGGCGAGAAUUUGUUGGAACCGAUAAAAGAAAAUACGAGGGAAGUUCUGUCGGCUGAAAAAGUCCGCAGCAUGUGGGAAAACACAAACAUUUUCGUUUCAUACCCAGCGGCGAAAGAUUGGCGCAAUGCGCUCGAAACCUGGAUAUCUGGCUAGCUAGAACUAAGUUCUUGUUUCGAUUCAGUGUCUGUAACUGUCAAUCUGCGUCGAUAGUUGACUGAUAUAUUUAGAAUUAUAA